AUGCCAACUCUGUUCCUCCAUUUCUUCCUUUUCUUAUUCACUAACCUCAUCCCCGCAGUUCACAGCAACUGUAUUGAAGCCGAGAAACAAUCAUUGCUCCGUUUCAAGAAAAGUCUUGAAUUUAAUUCUUCCAAAUCCACCAAGCUUAUCACAUGGAAUUCGAGUACUGACCGCUGUUCUUGGCUCGGUGUAACUUGCAGCACCAAUGGGUGUGUUGUCGGACUUGACCUCAGCCGGGAGUUUGUCUCAUCCAGCAUUGACAAUUCCAGCAGUCUUUUCCAACUUCAACACAUUCAGAGCCUCAAUUUAGCCUAUAACAACUUCUAUGGCUCUUCAAUUCCAUCUGCAAUUGGAAAGCUUGCAAAUUUGAGGUUGAAGGUUCUUGAUGUCUCUGACAAUGACAUUUCCGAGGAUGGGGGGUUAAAAUUUGAGAAGCCGCAAACUCCCAUUGAGGUUGCAUGCUUGAAAAGGGUGAAGGUUAUUGAUCUCUCUGACAAUGACAUUUCCGAGGAUGGGGAGGAGCCGAAUUUAGGCACUUUAAUCCAGAACCCUACAGAGAUUACAGAGUUAAAUCUUGAUGGUCUAGACCUAUCAGCUGAGGAAUCUGACUGUUCUAGGUACUUAAUAUCUGGUAUCAGAGCCUUGCGCUCAUGCCAAAGCCGAAAGGCGGUGGUGGUCCGUCCUCCGGUAACGGCGACGGAGUUGGAUUAUCUCGCUCAGCAAUCGCUGUGUGGAGGAGAUUCGUGCUGCUCAAGAGUCACUUGGUGCUCAAAAUGA